AUGAACUCAAUUGGUGCCUGGAACUUUACGCCUAACGCAACACAAUGGGCAGGUAAUCUACUACCAAACCUAGGCUACUGGAGCGCGACGAAUGGGUCGUGGUCGUACGAGAUACAAGUGGCGUGGCCGCUGAACUGGACUGGGCGCGGGGAAAAGUCCGUUGUGGAGACCAUGUACGUUUUAGAUGGCAAUGCACUUGGCCUUACAGCCACCGAGGCGGUGCGGCGGCGUCGGCCCGUCGAGUUCAACAUGCCCGAUUGCAUCGUGGUUAGCAUAGGGUACCCGGAGACGCUUCAAGACUCGCCGUAUAGCAUGCAGCGCAGCUACGACUACCAGCCUCCCGUGUGCGACGCGUGUGCGCUGCCUGCGGUGCCGGGCGUGCCAUCCAACGCCGACAACUUCAUCGACUUCAUCGACACGGCACUAAGGCCGUGGAUCCGGAGAGUUGCAUUUCCCCAAGCCGACUUUGACCGCGAUGCACUGUACGGGCAUUCGUUUGGCGGUCUGUUUGUCUUGUAUGCGCUGACGGUGCGGCCGGACUUGUUUGACACGUUUCUGAGCGCGUCGCCUGCCCUCUUCUUCAACGACGGCUACGUCUUCAACCACACCGAGUUUCUGGCGCCUCUGGUGGCGCAUCCUGCAGUCCAUGGCACAAACACGACAAGGCCCGCAUUUCAGAUUAGCUAUGGCGCGCUCGAGCAGAAUCCCGUGCAGAGACGGACGGAGACAAACGCCGAGUUCGAGUUCCGCAAGAGCAUCCUCGUAGCGCAGCAAAUGACUACCUUGUCGCAGAAGCUGUACAGGGCGCUAGAGGAGAGUCCGGCGCUCAGGGAUGUGAGCAUUCGCGAGUAUCCCUUCAGCGACCACGCGGCGGUGGGAGCAGCAGCGCUGGCAGACGGAUUGGACUAUUUCCUGGAUUGGUGCACGGCAAAGUACUGCUAG